AUGGCAGAGAAAACAUUCGAUGAUAUUAGAACUCAGUUUGAACAGUUUCUUUCAUUAGUUAGUAAAGUUCUUGUACAUGAAAAAGAAAUAAAUCUAUUACAAAAUAAACUUCGUCGUCAUUUUAAUUCAACAUUAUCAUCUUAUUUAUGUUCAGCCGAUUUUCAAGUAACACUAAAUGAUCUUUAUGAUAAAUUUAGCAGGAACGAUAAUUCAACGAAAUAUUUUAAAUUAUUAUCUUCAUUCGAUGAACAACUAAAGAAACAUUCUAUCAAAUUAAUACGGUCAUCUCAACAAUUACCUCCUAGUUCUUCUCUUCAUACUACUAAUUCACGGCAGACAAUUACAUCCGCAUGUGAAAAAACUGUAAUUAUAUCAUCGAAUACAAUAGCUCUUAGUUUAUCAUCAUCAACUACUAAUGAAUAUAGUAUAAUAACAACUGAACAAACUUUUGAUUCAUGCAAUAAUAUUUUUACAGUACUCGAUGAAUCUCAAUUACCAAAUAAAAAUACCGAAUCAAAAAUGACUACAAAUACAGUGAAUAGUAAUAAUGAAUAUGAAAUAAAACAAGAGAAAAAAAUUCGUAAAUUAGAACGACGAUUAAAUAGUUUAUCAAAAAUGAUACGUCAAUUAGAAGAAAAAGAUAUGUCAUUAGAUGAAAUGGAAAAUUGUGAUUUAUAUAAAGUAGAAUCAAGUCUAAAAAAACGAGCUUGUGAUAUGUAUAUGAGACUUGCUCAAUUAAAAAAACAGUCAACAUCUACUGAAAGAAUUCUUGAUCAACCAGUUACUUUAACAGAAACUGAUAUUGAUUAUCCAUUGAUAAAUAAAGCACUUGAAGAUAUGAUUAAUCGAACAAAAUAUUUACCAUCAUUUCAAGAUGUUCUUGAUAUAGUAAAGAAAACGAAUAAUCAAUAUAAACUUAAUCUUAGUAUUGAUGCUGAAAAAGAUCUUGCCACAAAAUCAUUUAAAUUAAUUGGUAAAAAAGUUAAAGAUCGACGAAUGGCAGAUUUUAAUGAUAUUAUGUACAGUCGUCUUCCAGAAAAUUUCGAUAUUGAACGAAAUGAUCCAGCAUUAAAUAGUUCUGCAAUUGAGAAAGUCUUAAUUGAAAACGAACGUAAAGCUGUAGUUAAAACUGAAAAAAUUUUCAAUGAAUUUUCUCAAAUGAAUCCAGAACUAGAACCAGAAGAAAAUAUUGAAACAGAAGAAUCAACUGUUGAAUCUGAUAAUGAUGAUGAUGAAGACGAGCAAGAGCCGCUUAUUAAAUCAUCGAAUAAUAAAAUGCAUCCAACUCACUAUGAUAUGGUUGAUAUUCUCCCUCCUUUAUCAUCAAGAUCGUCAUCUCCUGUAUCAACACCUGUAAAUAAAACAACAGCCGGUGAAGAUUUUUUAGAAGCUAAAGUCAAUAUUUCACUUAAUAGUACUAAAGAAACACAACCUAUUAUUCUCAAACCUGAGAAUCAAGUACAAACAAUUAUACCUCGACGACGACAACAACAACUUACAUCUAAUAAUAUAACACUCUAUAAUCAAAUAACUGAUAAUACUAAAAAACGAUCAAUAUCAAAAGAUAUAAUGUCCUCCGAAUUAAAAAAACGUAAAGAUCAACCUGAAAUUGUUGUACUUGAUUAA